UGAAGACCUGAGGAAAUCCAGACCAAGUUCGGCGUGAUGACUUUGCUGCUGGCAUCGGGGCUUCUCCGCGGCAUCCCUGCCUCCGGACCGCCUCGCUGCUGCUUGCUUUGAAUCCUCAGCGCCGGGCUAAAGCUUAAUUCUCAUGUGGUCGCACGGCUGCUGCUUUCCCCUGUUUUGCGGUGGGAGGUGGAGGAAAAGGGAUAAUUGUCCGUGAGUCAACACUGAAAAUGUGAUUAGGAGGAACUGCUUUCACUAAUCUGUUUCUAACCUUUUAGUCCAUGUUGGCCUGUGACCCCUUUCAGCUUUCCGAUCGAGCCUGAUUAGACCACAACACUGGUCUCCCUAUGGAAGCAGCUGUUUCAAUCUGCUAUUGAGAUCUCAUGGAGAACCUGAGGAGGGGGAUGGCUCUUCAUAUCCAUGAAGCCUGGAUACUUCUGUUUGUAAUCCCUGCUUUGGUCACUCCAGCUGCCAUCAGUCAUGAAGACUACCCUGCCGAUGAAGGGGACCAAACCUCCAGUAAUGACAAUCUGAUCUUUGAUGACUACCGAGGGAAGGGCUGUGUGGAUGACAGUGGCUUUGUGUACAAACUAGGAGAACGAUUUUUUCCGGGACAUUCCAACUGUCCUUGUGUCUGUACCGAGGAUGGACCUGUUUGCGAUCAACCAGAAUGCCCUAAAAUCCACCCAAAGUGCACAAAAGUGGAACACAAUGGAUGCUGUCCAGAAUGCAAAGAAGUGAAAAACUUUUGUGAAUAUCAUGGGAAAAAUUACAAAAUAUUGGAGGAAUUUAAGCCUUCGCCAUGCGAAUGGUGUCGCUGCGAGCCCAGCAAUGAAGUUCACUGUGUUGUAGCAGACUGCGCAGUUCCCGAGUGUGUCAACCCGGUCUAUGAACCAGAACAGUGUUGUCCGGUCUGCAAAAAUGGUCCAAACUGCUUUGCAGGCACCACGAUCAUUCCCGCCGGCAUCGAAGUGAAGGUGGACGACUGCAACAUCUGCCACUGCCACAACGGGGACUGGUGGAAGCCAGCGCAGUGCUCCAAGCGCGAGUGCCAGGGCAAGCAGGCUCUGUAGCGGCAAGGCCCCAUGCCAGCGGCACCCCCAGCCAAGCAGCCAGCUGCUGCUGCUGCCGACAAUGACAAAGGAAUGGCUUCCAUGCUGCACACCUGUCCGACCUCCCGACAGCUGCAACAGGGUCACCAGCAAAACCUGCGAGAGUUUCACACAAGCAGAGGUUUUUACUCACGGGGAAGAGCCUCCCUCUCCCCCCUCUCCUGCUCUCCUCUCACUUCACACACUACAUAUCCAGUAUCUAAGUAUCUACUCUGCUUUCGUAAUUAUCAGUGCUUGGUAGGGAUGCAGUGGUCAGGUUUGGGGAGGAAAAGAGAAAAACAACCCACGCAAGUUCUUGGACUGGUGAUGCCUCCAAGACACCGACUGGUUCACCACUCUCACUUUCUACAAUGUGGACUGUGGGGUUUUUCACUUUUAUUUAUUUAAGGGUUUUUUGCUACUGUGAUUUUUUUUUUUUUUUAAGCCUCUUACUAAGCUGGGGUCAUUGAGGCAACACAGCUGUGAAUGAAGUGAUGAAUCAUUUUCAUCAUGUCUAUCAAGAAGAGGCUGGUAAGGAUGGGAUGGAGGAAGAAAUCAGAAGGAGAGGAAGGGGUUGAAAAAUAAAAACCCAAGUGGAAUGUAACCUGUGGAAGGACCAAGGUAGAUGCACAGGUAUAUGACUAGACAGCCAAGACACAAGCUGUAUCUGUGUUAUGCUUUCUCCACUGAGUGGGGACAAUAAAAUUGAAGACACCUACACAGUCACCGUGACCUUGAUCAGAGCAUGAGCCAACAUCAUCUGCAUGGGCAGGCAAGGCUUGCAAGUUAGCAUUGGAAAGGCACCAAGAAAGCAGCAUCUUCCCUGGGUUGUGUCUGUGUGAUGCCUGGCUGGGCCAUGGGUAGUGGAGCAGAGGGAGGAGUGUCUCUCCUGUGCCCAGCUUCAGUGGAUCUUGGGCUGAGCAGGUGCUGAUGCCUUGCCCCAGCCCUGCAUUGCCAGUACUGAGGCUGCU